UGUAAUCAUUAAGUAAUGUAAAAUUUUAUUUCAGUUUUUUUUAACAAAUAAAAAAGCCCGCGCAAUUUUUCGGUUAAAAAUCGCAUCCAGAUAAAAAAAAAUAAAACAAUGUCAUUCGUUCAAUUAAUUUUAAUGACAUCAUUCACUUUAAUAGUGACGUCCCAUGUACCAGAAAAACGACAUAUCGACUUUCAAGAACGAUUUAUGGAGAGGCGAAGAGAACGAGAAAUAAAAGACCAAGGAUUAAUUAAAACGGAGAAUGAAGAGCUUAACGACAUAGAAAUUGUCGACGACGUACCGCACUAUUUAAAAAAAGGAUGCAAAUCUUCGAAAAAAUGGCAUAGAAUUGAAACUUUUGAGAAAGAUUUCAGACGUUUGCUUGCAAUGGAUGGUAUGAAGUACACUUAUAAACGAGAUUUCUACUGGAGAACUUGGCGUAGGGUGGCCUCUCAUGGUGGUACUGAGAGAACUGUGUGCUACAAGUGCAAUAAUAUAGUUCAGGUGCCAGGAUUACAAAAUUGUGGAAUGUGGACAAUCGAGGAAAAAGCUCCACCUUGUCCGUACGAGUUUUUCUCAGUAAUCACUGACAAGCGACUGUGUGGAGCCUACUACACUCAGUACACAGACACGCGAACUUCAUGCCCUAGCAUCAUCAAUUUCUCCGACUUAACAUCUACAUGUGACAAUCCUAUUGAGACAAAAUGGCGUUUCACCAAAAUGUACGGUGUAGCAGAAGAUUCGAAAAAUAAAAACAUUAUUUGUGAUGACCAAGACUCUUGCGAAAUUAUCACGUCUUAUGAGAUGACUCCAAACUACGUUAUAUUCAGAAUAAUCAACUCAACCAACGACGUCAUUUACUCACGAAUUAUGAAACCAAACCACAUGAACUACAUUUGCAUAGACGAUUGUGGACGUUUCAACCAAAAUACGAAAAAAAUCGGUAAAAUCGAUAUCCCACUAAAACUAAAUCUCCUCACUACCCAAAAUAGUGAAGAAAAAAUACCGGAACAGAGAAAAAAUAUUCAAAUAAAUGAACUGAAACAUCAGAACGAUACAUUAUCUGUAUCUGUGCCAUUGACAACUAAAACUCACAUAACUGAAGCUGUCUUUAGCAAUUUCCCGCCAUUCGAAGUUCAUAAAGUGUCAAAACCAGUUACCGCGAAAGUGAUAAACAAAAUUCCGAUAUUAUUGGAACGCAGAUACAAACCUAAAGUGAAAAAAAGACAGCCAAAUAAUUUAGACUUACACGAAUAUAUAAGAAAGCAUAUUUUUCCGAAAAUUAAGCUGUACAGAUGGCAUCAAUUAAAUGAUGAUGAUGAGGAUUCAGAUUAUAAAACAUUGGAUUCUGUCGAAGAUGGGGAUUUCAAUGCAACAGAACGUAAUUUUAUAAUUUCAAGAUGGCAGAGAGUAGAAGGUACUGUUGCUAGCGCUGAAUCCAACAUAGGGUAGAUUACUUAUUUUUAUUUUUAACGUCCGUCUUGUAGAUUAUUUUAAAAUAUUAGAUAUGUAUUUUUCAUUUUCUUACGGAAACAAAUCCUUUAGAUCCUGGCUUACAGGAGUUGCAGCGGUAUGGGAUAAUGUGGCGGGCUUCUCCCAUCGAAAAAAUAUAUCGAUUAGAAAAAUCGCGGGACGUCACUUCUACGUAGAAAAGACAUAUUUGCUCUUCUUAACAUUGAUUCGUUUUAUCUAAAUAUUGUUAUCUUAUACAACAAAAAAAAAUACGUGUCUAAUAUUUUUUCAUUACCUAACUGACAGACUAAAUAGAUUGUUAAUAUUCACACCCCGUCAUCAUUCCUAUUAGAAAUAAAUGAAACAACUAGUUUUAAAAUACAAUAAAGUAUAAUUAAGGCACAAUAUUUAUAUUUAGAUAUACCUAUUAUAAAAUGUAUAACAUGCUAUAUUUGUAUAACGUAACACGUAAUUUGUAACUAAUUUAGGACAUCUACAGCUUGGUACACACAUAGCCGUGUAGCAGGUAACGUAUCAGAUACUGUAUCACCCUGCAAGUGGGUACGGUUGGUCCAUGGUCCACAGCGUAUCUAGCUACGAGCCGCCUUUGUGUUCGCAAGAGGGUUGCUAGAUGACCAGUGCCAGCGUAAGGGCCAAUGAUACCCCAGCGAAAAUAUUGUGGCGCCCACUUGAGGGAAGCAAUAUCAAGUGUUAGUUUUUUGCUAAUCCCUAGUAAAAAUAUUUUAUUUGUGUUAUAAAUAUUUGGACACAAGGCCCUUAUUAAAUCUACAUCUAACACAGCAUUCAGAACAGAAUCAUACCGAUAUCUCCAGGAGAGGCAAGAGACUCCAACUUCUGACUUUGGCGCCCCCAGAAUUUUUCGCCCUGGGCCAUCGUAAUCGUCGGCCAAUAUAAAGAAAACAGAAUGUCUGUCUAUCCGUCAGUCCUCUAGUUGCUCUAUUUGCUCGUUCCAAAGUGUAGAUUCCUAUGGAGAACAACAAGCAAGAAACUCCAUAGGUUACUCUUUUUCAAUCCGGUUGACAAUACAAUUCUUGCUUACAUUGUUUCGUUAGUUCAAUUAUGUGAGAAUAAUGUAUCACCAAUAUUUACGUCUACGUACUCACUGGAUACAGUAUCUGAUACGUUACGUGCUACGCGGCUAAGUGAGUACCCAGCUUACUAACUUUUAAGUCUACUUAAUAAUGCUAGCACCACACUUUACAACAAUGAGAAAUCUAUUUAGACUUCACACAAAAUAAUGAAAUUAUGUAUUAUGUCAAAAGAUGUGAUUAACUAAAAAUCACGGUUUACUCACGUAAAUUAAUGGAGAAAAGCUCUACUAGCUUCGAGUCACAGAGGGACUCUUCAUCAUGAGCAGCGUGCGCAGACACGGCGACGUCAC